AAGAGGAAAAGAUUAGGGCAUCUGUGUGCCCGUGGCGGCGUUCGUGCGCCGGCCGGAAAAACGUCAGUGUCUUGUGUCUUUCUUCUACCUCCGUCCGUGAGUGUGAGAGAGAGAGAGCUAGCUAGAGCUAGCGCCGACAAUUGGUAUCAGAGCCUUCAUGGCCUGAGGCCAUGGAGCAUGGCCAUGCCGUGCGUGCGGGGAGCGCGGCGGCCGCGGCGGACCUGCGUGGUGGCGCAGAGGCUGCGGUGGCGCGGCGUGGCUCGGCGGUGUGGAGGAGAAGCCAUUCGUGCGGCGGGUGAGGCAGCUCGAGCGGCCACGUUGCUUGCGUCAGGGCGCGGCAUGUGCGUGAGCCGAGGGCGUGCAGAUCUCCGAAGGAGAACGCGUCCAGCGGAGCGCAGGACGGCCGCGUCGAUCAUGUCAGUGCGUGAUCGUGUGCGCGGGCCGGGGCGUGCAGGGCGUGGCGUCAUCAAAGAGCUCGGCGUGUGUCGCCGAGGAGCUGCGGCGUGUGUCGCCGGCGGAGAAGAAGCUCGGCGUGUGUCGCCGAGGAAGAAGAUGCAGGCUGCGUCAAGCUUGGUGGUGGUCGUGAUGCCGGCCAUGGCGCCUUCUGUCGGCCUGUGGAGGUGCACGGCGUUGUGGCGACGGGGAGACGAGAAGAAGGCGGUCUUGUUUGUGUGGAGAAGGGCAUGCAGCGGUGUUCGUGUCCAUGAGGCCGUAGCGGCGGCCAUGACGACAAGGACGUCGACGGGAGCUGCAGCAACUCCGGCUAUGGCAAGUCAAGUUUAGGGGGUGAUUGUUAGGAAUAAACCUGAUUAAGUCAGUUAGUUAGUUAGCUCGUGUGUGUCGGUCGCGGUGGUGCCUGAGUCUGGCUCAGGUUUGAGCCCAUCGCAGGCCUAGUCUGUUAGCAAGAGAAGUGGGAGUCGUAGUCGUGGCCGUUGGACGCCGGCCGCGUCGUGCGCGUACGUGUGCGCGUGGCCUGGACGAGCGGAUCACGAGCGACGUGGGCAGAAUCGUGCGUGGGUGCGCAUGUGUUUAGGCCAGCUAUAAAUUCCUGUGUAAUGCUUGUAAUCUGGGUGAGCAGAAGAGGAAAAGAUUAGGGCGUCUGUGCGCCCGUGGCGGCGUUCGUGCGCCGGCCGGAAAAACUUCA